AUGGCAAGAUGGAAAAUGUUGACAUCUGAAUUUGAUAUAGUCUAUAUGAAUCAAAAAGUGGUGAAAGGAAGUGUUAUUGCCGAUUUCCUAGCAAGCAGAGCAUUAGAAGACUAUAAGAUAGUGAAGUUUGAUUUCCCAAAUGAGGACUUAAUGAGUAUAUUCACUGCGGAAGAAGAUGCUCCGAAAGAUGAAACCUGGAAAAUGAACUUCGAUUCAAUUGAGCGCAAAAUUAAAAUCUUACAAGUAUUUGGUGAUUCUUCUUUGGUCAUUUAUGAACUUCGAGGGCAAUGGAUGACUCAAGACUCUAAAUUAAUAGAAUACAAGGACUUGGUGAUGAAUUUGAUUAAGGAGUUCGAAGAAAUUUCUUUCACUUAUCUUCCCCGUGAAGAAAAUCAAAUGGCAGAUGCUUUGGCUACAUUGUAUGUGAAGUAUCGAGCUUAUCCAGCUGAGGCAACUAAAAUUGAAAAACAAACUUUGAGAAGAUUGGCAUUGGAGUAUGUUCUUGAUGGAGACAUUUUGUACAAAAAGUCAAAGAUCAGAUAUGGAAUACCAGAAAGGAUCAUCACAGAUAAUGCGUUUAAUCUGAACAAUGAUUUAAUGAAGGAAAAAAGGAUGAUGCGAGCUUAUGACAAGAAGUUCAGGCCUCGAGAAUUUCAUGAAGGAGGAGCUUUGGUUUUGGCUGAAAUGGAUGGAGAAAAUUUGUCUAAUCCUGUGAAUUCUGAUUCAGUCAAGCGAUAUUACACUUGA